GCAUAAUAUCGCGUAUGUCGCAUGUUGAAACGUCAUCAUACAGCGACAAUGUAUUUUUCUUCUAUUAAAAGGAAAGUAAGAGUAGUUUUUCUUUUACGCUACGCUGAGAGUCAGAACUAGUUUUAUGUCAUUUUUAUCAUAAAGUACACGUUUUACUGUUAUAUUUACUAUCAACAUACAAAAUAAACGUCCUAGGAAGUCCUUUUUCAGUGUCUAAACACAAGGCUCGUUUUCGUCUCUGAUGUCCAACUAUGCCACAACUCGUCGAUAUAAAGGUUCCAGGAGAAUGUAAUACUCUUCCUGAAGGGUUUUGGUCGGCGAUAGAUGUGUGGUUAAAGAAACCUCACGUUCUAAACAAGCGUCUCUGCGGAGUUAAAGAGACGGAGAGCAAAGACUUGCGGUUCCCGUUUGACGACCCUCUUUCUGAACUCUCCUCUGAUGUGUUGUCCUUCAUAAACAGCGGGUGUUCACCAGCAAAGCCACACGAGCAGGACAAACGCUGGUCCUCCACUGUCAGAACCUUUAUUCCUAAAGUAAACUGUUAUGGGAAAACCCUGCAUAAAGAUGUUGUAGUGAAAGACUUUGGCAGACAACAAGUGACCUUUCUUCCAUUUGAAGAGGAUGCAGAAGGGCAGGUGUCUCUGAAGAAGGGCAACAUUUAUCAGAUUCAGCUCUGCAGUCACCACUGUGAGGAAUGGUCCUUGGAGCUGUAUGUCUUGACUCCAGAUGCCUGGUUCUCCGAUGGCGUGGUGUACCCCAAACUGCCCUGGCUGUUCUCAGAUCUGCUGCCUAAACUGGUGCGCUGGGCCACCGAGUGCAAAAGCAGCGAGUUCAGGAGCACCUUGUCUCUGCUGCCAGUGGAGAAGUAUAACCUCAUGUACCAGCAGCUGAAGGACAAAUACAAAUCCAUGGUCAAGGUUUGGCCUGAGGUGACAGAUCCUGAGAAGUUUGUCUAUGAGGAUGUGGCCAUUGCUACUUAUCUCCUGGUGCUGUGGGCUGAGGAGCGAGUAGAGAAGGAUCUGACCUCCAGACAGUCCUUUAUUGACCUUGGCUGUGGAAACGGCCUCCUGGUUCACAUACUGACCAAUGAAGGGCACCCUGGAAAGGGCAUCGAUGUUCGUCGGAGGAAGAUCUGGGACAUGUACGGCCCCCAGACUCUUCUAGAGGAGAAGGCAAUUACUCCCAGCGAGAGCUUCUUAUUCCCAAGCACAGACUGGCUGAUUGGGAACCACUCAGAUGAGCUCACGCCAUGGAUCCCCGUUAUAGCAGCGAGGUCGUCUCACUCCUGCCGUUAUUUCGCCCUUCCCUGCUGUUUCUUUGACUUCUAUGGGAAAUACCAGAGGCGCCAGUGUAAGAAGUCUCAGUAUAGAGAAUACAUUGACUUCAUCGCUGAUGUCAGCCAAGUCAGUGGCUUCAACACUGAAGAGGACUGCCUGAGAAUACCGUCCACCAAACGGGUGUGUCUGGUAGGAAAGUCGAGAAAUUACCAGCUGUCUGCGGAGGCUGACGCAGAGCAGCGACGAGCUCAUUAUAUCCAGAGGCACCGGACCAGCUGUGGGCUCAUAGGUCAGGGGUCAAACAUAAGAAGUGAUGGGGGCUGUUGCCAUGGGAAUGCAGACAGUGACAGGACCCACAGGAGCAGUUGGGGAGCCGGGUUCCAGCCCCGAAACAGGGUCGAAAUGGUUCGAAAUUGCACCACUCUCCCCCGGGACUUUGUUGAUGGCGUUGUCUCGCAGGUUGCGAAUGUUCUUUUGGGAAUGACUGAGAAUGACAGCGGGGCAUCCUCCGACGAAUGGAACCAAGGAGGCAGUCUCUCUGUGAGCGAGGUCGCUGGGCUGUUGGAGCAGGAAACCCUGCAGCUGCUGAAGAAGGAGUGUGGAGGCCUUCAGACGCUGCUCAAGAACAACCACCAAGUCUUUAGAGUGGAGGGAGGGAGGGUGUGUAUAAGGAACUGGCAGGAAAGGAAAUCCUCCGUGGCUGAUGCCAAAUGGAAACCCGUCGCCCCCGGCGCAAUAAAAACCCGUCCCUGCUGGUUUCACAUCCACCACCCUCAGGGCUGCCCGCUGCAGGCCCAAGACUGUGCCUUUGCUCACGGAGCAGAAGACCUCCGUCCAUCGAGCAGACCACUCUCAAGAAGGAGAUCCCCCUCCACCCACUUCCCCUCCUCCGACCCUCCUCACCUGAGUGAUGCUCAGGAAUCAGGCUGGUAGGCUCUGCAGCUGUCAUACCUGGUGCUCCUGCAGUUUGCACUUCAUAGACUGUCCGCCCCAGCAGAGAGACAAGAGGAGGAGGCUUGUUUGGAAACGUUUCUAUUUGACAUUUCACCAUUCAGCAUGUACUUCACUUGAAAUUCAAAAAGCUUAGCAUCGUGCCAUCACCAGUGGAGAGCUGCCAAGCGUGGAUGGUGCUUCUUCUCAACACAGAGCUGGAAAUACACAUGGGCUGAGCCAUGGCAUGUACCCAAUUCACUCAGAUUCACAUGGAGUUAAAAUUAGAACUCAGUUUAUGCUGUCCUGCAAGUAUAAACCUGCAUAAUAAUUCAUUUAUCUCAUGUGUUAAAUAUUAACUGAGAGAGUCCUGGUGAUGUAAAAUGAGAUCUAUAGCAUCU